GAGCAAGUAUUUAGAGGAGAUAGAGGCCAGCCACAUAACGUGGGAGAAAGGACCAGGCGGAAGAUUGAAGAGGAGGGUUAGGCCGGAUUCGUUUCAGCCUACAUGUACUGUACUGACUGUCAAGCCAGAGAGCCUCCACACAGCCUCCACCAAAUCUUAAAGCCUGAAGGCCCAAGAUAGGGAAGAAUCCAGUCGACUUCGCACCCCCUCUUCCAAUUUUUUGUACCUUGGGGUACAAGGAAUCCACAAGGGGAUUUAAGGGCCAUUGAUCACAAGUUGAAAAGCGACUGAAAGAAAAUGAGCUCGACGGUUCGAUUUCUGAGUGGUCGGAGGACGAAAUCCUCGGGAUUUGCCUUACGGUGGAUCUUCAUUGUGUGCUCGGUUUCCUUCGUUUUGCUCCUGAAGUCCAAUGGAUCCAUGGCCAAUCAAGACACUUUCUUGGAUCCGGAUGACGUGAAUGAUUUUGCUGAAUUUGACCUGGACGAAGAGGAAUUUGAGAAUGUGAAACGAGAAGACAGAGGCCAGGCUAAGAAACCACCUUUGGACGAGGAUGAUGAUUUUGACGAUGAAGAGGAAGAAGAGGAGGGCCAAGCCGACCCCGUGGCCUCUGAUGCCAAAGCCAAAGUCAAGCCCUUUGACCAAGGCCUGGAUGAAGAUGAGGCUCUGGUGGAGGAUGACGAUGAGUUUGCCCAUUUUGCCGAUGAUGAAGAGUUUGAAGGCUACGGCUCGGAUGAAGGGUUUGGCAAGAAACCCGCCGAGAAGACCCCACCGCCCAAGACCAUUAAGAUUACCAAUGUGCCAGCCCAUUUGCGCAACAACUGGGAAAGCUACUACCUUGAGAUCUUGAUGGUAGCCGGGAUUGUGGUCUACUUUUUGAACUUCUUCACUGGCAAGUCCAAGAACCACAAGAUCGCCUCGACUUGGUUCGAGAGCCAUCGGCCAUUGCUGGAGAGCAACUUCGCCUUGGUUGGCGACGACGGCUCCAAGAACAUUGAGGAGAUUGACACGCCUCUCCUGAAGGAAUCAGAGCACCUGUUCACCCUCUGGUGUAGCGGGCGGGCAGGCUGUGAGUCCAUGUGUGUGGAUCUCAAGUUGCUCAAGCGUCAAGACUUGGUGUCCGUGAUUGCCAACAUCAUGAAGCCCGCUCACGAUCAGGUUCACAUUCGUGUGAACAUGCACCCUGAUGAUAUGGACUCGUUUGUGUUCUGUUUGGCCCACAAGAAGGCGGCCACCAAGCUCAGCAAAGAGAUGAAUGACUUGUCGUCGUUUUGCCCGGAGCGGCGUUCAGCUGAAAAGUACGGCGUUCCAGCCCAAUUUAUGCUCAUGGCCGAGAUGGCCGAGGUGUCCUCUGCCAUGCUGGAUAGCAAGAUGAUAGCUGUUUUAAAUAAGUAUCCCGAGUCUAUUGAUAGCAUUCACAUCUCUGAUCAGUUCACCGGUCCCAAGCCCCAAGACGACCAGGUGCCCGAGGAACUACCCAAGGGUAAGAAGGUGCUCAUCUUCGCUUUCAACAUUCCCUUGAAGAAAGUGCAAGUAGAAGAGGCCGUUGAUAACAUGAAGCACUUGCUCCUCCUCGUCUUCUACAUGGUCGAUAAACUACGUCGUUAUCGUCUGAGCCGUGAAGGCAAGAACAAGGCCGAGAAGAAUCGUGCCAAAGUGGCCGAGGCCCAUUGGAAGUCCAUCCAUGUGGCUCGGGCCGAAAAGGCCCAAGAGGAAAGAGAACGUAAACGUCGCGAGUUGAAGGACAAGAUCCGAGAAAUCGAGGAUCCCGAGCGUCAACGAAAAUUGGAGGAACGCGAGGCUCGACGGGAUAAGAAGAAGGCCGCUCCCAAGAUGAAGCAGCUGAAAGUGAAGGCCAUGUAGAGCGGGCGAAUAUACCAAACCCUUUUUGUUAAUAUGAACGAACUCGAUGGUGUCACUAGUUCAGGCUAUACAAUAACGCGUUGCCACAGUUUUCGGGGCAUUACACUCACCCUAUUUGAUUCCUUUCCGGUUCAUGGUUAGCUCAUGUUGCGGGGAUUUCCAUGAGCGAAUCCCCAACUCCGUUUUAUAGUUCAAUAAAUUGUUCCCAUCCA